AUGUCGGCAAGGAAGCUGAAACUAGUUGGAUUCUCAAAGACACAAAUUGAUUUUGAUGAUGAUUCUGAGCUGGCUUCGCUCGUUGCCCAUCUCGACGAAAAAUUUUUCAACAAACGGUCCGAAGAUUGGCAUCUGAAGUUUAUGGACGAAAAAAACAAAGAAGCCUUUGCGAAAAGUUUGGAGGAAUAUCUUGUUGAAUUUGGCAUUGAUUUUUCAAACGAUCCUUCGAUAUCUCGCCUCUAUGUUUGCGACAACUUACUCUCACAAGCAGUAGAUGUAAUUUACAACAAAAAUGAAAACGUUCACAAUUACACGUCACAUCAAGUAAGCAAGUUGCGAGAGGCACGAAUUUCUUCGGCAGAGUCUUCUAAAAAUCCCUUAAACACUAUCGACUGUACAGAAACGAAUAUUCGAACGCAAAUUGUUGAUUUAUGCAAGUCGCUUGGCAUCAUUGAGCAUCCAAAUCCUGAAGUUAUGUUGCGAGCGGCUUGUCAAUUUAUUGAAGAAAACUUGGCUGAAGAUGAAAUAAGGCAGCGGGCCAAUGAGGAGAAAGAAGCGAAGCCAAGGAAUGAAUUCUCUUUCAAAAACUUUCCCGUUGGUCUUGAUGAUCAGAAGGACGCUGCAUUAAAUUCAGCGGCAAGAUGUCUCCGACUUCUUUCCGUUGCUUCUCUACGCGAAACACAAACACGCAUCAACGAAACACUGGCCGCCAUUCAGAAUCUGACAAUGACGGCGAAGAAA